AUGCGCUGCGUCUGGGCUUGCCGAUUAAGGAGCCUCUCCAAGGACUUGGUUCCAGCAGCUGGGCCAGAGAUGUGGCAGCAGCAGCAGCAGCUGGGGGAGGCACGGGGCCUGCUCUGGGCUGCGGUCACUAAGAAGGGCCGGGACAUAUCCCGGGUGGGAGGGCCGGUAGCCACACUCAGGGUGAGUCCUGUGCACGAGCGCUUGGGAACCGCAGAGCGGCCGGGGCCCUUCCUGGCCCAGCGUCUCCCUCUCAUGCGGCCAGCAAAUGCCUCUGGGCCGCUGUCAGAGAGGAGAUGGAGAUGUAACGCUCCCCGCCAUUAUGCCUCUGCAGGGGUGGUGCACUCAACCAGAGGCAUGAGCUUUGUGGGGAAAGCCAGCUCUUCUUCCCGCUGGGAGGAACUUACAAAUAGCACCUUUCUCAGAAAGAAGAUGGGGCCUUCCAGAUACCCCACCGCGGGGAGUCCUGAGCAGGUGGCAGAAGAGCCCCUGGAUGCCCUGACACCCAAGCUGGCCUUGCCCCCAAGGGGUGCCUUCCCCGGGCCCACAGCCUUCUCUCCUCCCAACGUGCGACCAGCCCCACUUGCCAGGAAGAAGCAGGAGACCCUGGGCAGGAACCACCAGUGGCCGAAACCUGCCACGAGCCUCAGGCCCUUUGUGGACAGCUGGCAGCCCCUGAAGGAUGUGGGGGACAUGCCCCCCAGGGCUUUGGAUGAGCAGCCCGCCACGUCUGUGGGGGACGACAGGAAAAGGAGCCACGGUGUAACCAGCCACUCCUUGCUCCAGAUCUCCCCUUUCACGGUUCCGCCGGUGACUCGGGGCCCUCAGGCUUCCCCCCAAGGGGUGACGGAUACCCUUGAGGAGGAGGCCGGGAUCCUGCCCAGCGGCACCUCCCAGGGUGCUGAGGAUGAGGGGAAGGGGGGGUCCUCCUCCAGGGAGAGCCGAGAAACUACUUCCGCCACCGUGAGCCCCCCGGAGCGGGUGCCGAGUCUCUGCAGUGCAAAUUUCUCCGGGCCGGAGGGCUACAUCGACUCGACGGAGGCUCCGCUGGUGCCGCAGAGUGACGUCCUGGAGUGCAUCUUCCGGGUGACUGUCUACACCGGGUACGGCGUGGAGCUGCAGGUGAAGAGCGUGAACCUGUCCGAGGGGGAAGUGCUAGCCAUUCGUGGGGAGGACAGUGGCCACUUGGUCACGCUGGCCAACCAGACGCUCCUGGUAGAAGGCCAGGUCAUCCGCAGCCCCACCAACACAAUCUCGGUCUUCUUCCGGACCUUCCAGGAUGACCUUGGGACUUUCCAGCUCCAUUAUCAAGUGUUUAUGCUGGGCUGCAGCUUCCCACGGAGGCCCAACUUCGGGGAGGUGACUGUCAUGGGCCUGCAUUCCGGCGGCAUGGCUCAUUUUCACUGCCACCUGGGGUAUGAGCUGGAGGGUCCCCAGAGCCUGACCUGCAUCAAUGCUUCCAAGCCACACUGGAGUGCCCCGGAGCCUGUUUGCUCAGCCCCCUGUGGAGGCACGGUGCACAAUGCCACCAUCGGCCGCAUCCUGGCCCCAACCCACCUGAGGAACCACACGGGCAGCGUGGCUUGUGUGUGGACAGUCAGCGCCCCUGAGGGGCAGAAGCUUCAUCUGCACUUUGAGAGGCUGGUGCUGGGGGACAAGCAGAGCAUGGUUGUCUACAGUGGAGAGUCGAACCACUCGGCAGUGCUCUACGCUUCUCGCCAGAACAGCAACGUGCCCUUCGAAGGAGUGAUCAGCGAAGGAAACACCUUGCGUGUCGACUUCGCCUCAGAGGAUCCAAAUGCAGAACCGACAUUCAACAUUCGAUUUGAAGCUUUUGAGAAGGGCCACUGCUAUGAGCCGUACCUGCAGAAUGGGAACUUCACCACCUCCGACGCCACCUACAACCUUGGGACAACCGUGGAGUUCACCUGUGAUCCCGGCCACACCCUGGAGCAGGGGCCAGCAGUCAUUGAGUGCAUCAACCUCAGAGACCCCUACUGGAACGACACGGAGCCAUUGUGCCGAGCUACUUGUGGAGGAGAGCUCUCCAUGGCAUCUGGAGUGAUCCUGUCCCCCAACUGGCCGGAGCCUUAUGCAGAGGGCGAGGACUGUGUCUGGAAGGUCCACGUGGGAGAGGAGAAGCGGAUUUUUUUGGACAUCCAGCUCUUAAAUCUGAGCCAGAGUGACAUCCUCACGGUCUACGAUGGAGACGAUCUCAGUGCCCACCCACUGGCACAGUUCCUGGGCAGCAGUGGGCCCCAGAAGCUCUACUCCUCCACGCCAGACUUGGCCGUCCAGUUCCACUCAGACCCGGCUGGCCUCAUCUUCGGGAAAGGGCAGGGCUUUAUCAUGAGCUACAUCGAAGUCUCACGGAAUGAGUCCUGCUCGGACCUGCCAGAAAUCCAGAAUGGCUGGAAGACCACUUCUCACACGGAGCUGGUCCGGGAGGCCAGAAUCACCUACCAGUGCGACCCGGGCUAUGAUAUCAUUGGCAGCGACACCCUCACCUGCCAGUGGGACCUCACCUGGAGCAGCGACCCGCCUUUCUGUGAGAAAAUCAUGUACUGCACGGACCCUGGAGAAGUGGAGCACUCAACCCGCUUGAUUUCGGACCCGGUGCUCUUGGUGGGGACCACCAUCCAGUACACCUGCAAUCUGGGCUUCGUGCUGGAAGGGAGCUCCCUUCUGACCUGUUACAGCCGGGAAACAGGGACGCCCAUCUGGACCUCCAGGUUGCCCCACUGCGUGUCGGAAGAGUCCCUGGCCUGUGACAACCCUGGUCUGCCUGAAAACGGGUACCAGAUCCUGUACAAGCGCCUUUACUUGCCGGGCGAGUCGCUGACGUUCAUGUGCUACGAAGGCUUUGAGCUCCUCGGGGAGCUCACCAUCAAGUGCAUCCUGGGGCAGCCCUCCCGGUGGAGUGGGCCACUCCCCACCUGCAAAGUCAAUCAAGACAGCUUUGAACACGCCUUAGAAGUAGCAGAAGCUGCUGCAGAAACGUCCUUGGAAGGAGGCAACAUGGCACUGGCGAUCUUCGUCCCUGUCCUUGUCGUUUCCUUGCUGCUGGGCGGGGCCUACGUCUACGUCACGAGAUGUCGGUACUACUCCAGCCUGCGGCUACCCCUCAUGUAUUCGCAUCCCUACAGCCAAAUCACUGUGGAGACGGAAUUUGAUAAUCCGAUUUAUGAGACGGGGGAAACCCGAGAAUACGAGGUGUCCAUCUGAAACAGCCCCCCGCCCCGACACACACACCGCCUCGAUUCCCAUUCCCAGGAUCUCCUCAAGUGACCCAUUUGGAGACGUGGUGGAAUCUGCCCGAGAGCCUGAACCUGCCUCCCCACUUCUGCUUCUGAUCCACGUGUCCCCGCCUCUUCCUCAUUCUCAUGGACUCUCCCUCAGCAGUUUUCCAAGGGCAGGGGCUGAGCUUUGCUGGCCUGGAGCUGAGCCCUCCUUGGCAAUACCACCGACAAAGGAACAUCCUCGGCUGGUUCAUGUUCUGGGUUUGUGGAGGUUCAUGUUUUGAAAAACAGCGACUGAAAACUGAGGCUGCCUCUGCCGAAGGGGUGAGCCUUGACUUGCCUGAUGCUGCCAAGCGCCAACUUCUUGCAGGGGAAACUUCUCUCGGAGCUACAGCCCCUUCUGCGCACGGCGUCCUGCAACGUCUGCUUCUGUUUGAGCUGGGGGAGGAAGCGGGGCCAACACGGAGGGAACUCUGGAAAGCCGGCUCUGGGAAUCCUGGGCCAUCCGGCUGCUGGGGGAGACUCAGGAGCCGGCCGAGGGAAGACGCGUGCCAACGCCUCACCCCGUUUUUAUUUUAAGUGCGGGGUCUGGAUCUGCUAGCCAGCCACUUGGCCUGGACAAUC